AUGACAUUCCUCAAUAGACUUGGAGGCGACAGAGUCAUUCCAGUUGUUCUUGACUGGGCAAUUAGGAAUGGAACAUGCCCAUCGGCGCCAAAAGGGGAUAACAAUGAGAAUCUUUCCCAUGGCGCUUGUGCUAGCACCCAGAGCUACUGUGUAAAUGCCAGUAAUGGAGAACAUGGCUAUUUCUGCAGAUGCUCCAAGGGAUACACCGGCAAUCCAUACAUAAAAGAUGGAUGCACAAAUAUUAAUGAGUGCGAGCUGCGGAGAUCCCCAAAGUCAACAAUGUACAAGAACAUGUAUCCUUGUCACGGCGGGACAUGCCAUGAUAGAGAAGGUGGUUAUGAGUGUAAAUGCAAUUUCGGACGAAGAGGUGAUGGUAAAAGUUACAAGGGUUGUGAACCCAUCGUGUCCACGGCUGCAGUGGCAGUAAUAGGAACAAUCGGUGCCAUUGCAUUACUCGCUGUGCUACUAAUAUUCUUACACAUGGAACGUGAGAAAAGAAAGUUGAGGGACCGGUUCAAUAAGAACGGUGGAGAGUUACUCAAAAGUCUCAAGAUCGAGAUCUUCACAAAGGAGAAGCUAGACCACAUCACACAUAACUACUGCGACAUCAUCGGCCAAGGCGCCUUCGGCAAGGUCUACAAGGGAACCAUCAGCGCUGGAGACAGUGCACGGGUCGCCGUGAAAUGCUCGAUCCCCAACAACCAGGACUGGAAGAAGGAGUCCUUCGCGAAUGAGAUCACGAUCCAGUCCAAUAUCAGCCACCGGAACCUGGUCCAGUUGCUAGGAUGUUGCCUGGAGACGGAGGUGCCCAUGCUGGUCUACGAGUUUGUGCCCAGGGGGAGCCUCCAUGACGUACUCCACGGCGAUAAUAAGAAACCUCUCCCGUUGGAAAAACGCCUGGAUAUUGCCAUCUACUCAGCGGUUGCCCUCGGAUACAUGCACUCGGAGGCGAGCCAGAGGACCAUCCUCCAUGGAGACGUGAAGUCGGGCAACAUCCUCCUGGAUGACGGGUUCGUGCCCAAGGUGUCAGACUUCGGGACGUCGAGGCUCAUGUCCAUCGACAAGGACCAUACCAACUGGGUGGUCGGGGACAGCAGCUACAUCGACCCCGUGUACAUGAAGACCGGGCUGCUCACCGAGAAAAGCGACGUGUACAGCUUUGGCAUCGUACUGCUGGAGCUCGUGACCAGGAAAAAAGCAAGGUAUGACGGGAACCAGAGCCUGCCACUGGAUUAUGUCAAGGCUUCCAUGGGCGGGGCGGCGAGGGAGAUGUUUGAUCCGAAGGUUGCAUCUGGUGCGAAGGAGAACGAGGAGUGCCUCGAGGAGGUGGGCAAGAUCGCGGUGCAGUGUCUCAAGGACGAUGUGAACGACAGACCCACCAUGAGUGAAGUGGUUGAGAGACUUAAAAUAUGUAAGUGCCGGUGGUUGGAGUAUGACAGGAAGACGAAUGAGAUAUGCACUUAG